AUGGAUCCAAUCUCAAUACUCGGCGCGGUGGGAUCGAUCCUGGGGAUUAUGGAUGUGGUGACCCGCAGCAUCAAGACGCUCAACGACUUCCAAGGCCGCUAUGCAACCGUCAGCUUCAGAACAAGGAUUGUGAUUGGGCAUCUGUCGACUCUCAACGCGGCCCUUGGCCAGAUCAAGGAGCUGCUUCCUCUGAUCGGUGCAAAUCAGCCAACUGGGGACGACCCACAGAUUUCAACCGAUGUCGCCAUAUCGCUUGGCUGCUGCGAAGAGAUUAUGCAGUUCAUAGAUCAGCGGUUGGCGCAGGUGCGAAUGCGGCAGGAUGAGCCCUCGAUGCUUGACAAGAUGGGGAUCCUGUGGAAUGAGAGUGAAACCGUCGAGUUUCAGGCGCUCUUGAACAAUCAGGUCAACGCGAUGACUCUGCUUCUGUCGGCGCUUCAGUGCAAAUCAUCACUAGAACAAAGGAACCUUCUUGUAACGGCUGAAACUCGGAUUGUCUUCAGUCGGGUCAAGGAUGAUGCCUCUUCUUUGCUCUGGCUGAGGGAUUCCGACUCGGAGAUGACCAAGAACAGUAUGCCCUCGGACAGGUUAAGCCUGGUUAGCGCUCGAUUCAGCUUUGAUUCGGACCUUUUUGAUUCUCGAGUCUAUAGGUCUGCAGCCAGGUCGACCAUGCGACAGGCUCUUUACGCAACUGCCUCAUCGCUCCCGAAUAGAGCGGAGAGCAUUCUCGAUGACAACGCAACGCAAUCAUCGCUGUCUGUGUUGAGCCACGAGGAGUCUAUGGCCUGGGGGCCGAUUGAGUACACCGUCGAGUACCGCCAGUCUAUCUCAAACGCCGAAACAUCCAGCCUCAAGUCAUUCAUGAUCCCCACAAGGCAGCGCCGGAAUACAAGCUCUGUUAAUACAAGUCGUUCCCAAAGGGGUAGCCAGUGGCUUUCCUCAAUAGUCCUGCGUCGCGUAUGGGGACAACCCUCUUUGGGCCCGGAUGCCGCUCCCAACAGCACUCUUAAGCAGAUGGAGUCUUCACCGAGAGUCAUCUUUCUCGGGGUCAGCCAAAGUGGCAAGUCGAGUGCACUCAAUGCUCUAAGCUUGCUGGUUGGACCUCCAACCAACGCUCACCUAUUCCAUCCGAGAACGGGCAUUUCAAUGUCAGUCAACGCCCAGCUCCACCGACUGUUGCAAACCGGCAAACGGGCCUCCUUGAACGAAGACGACAUGGGCCGAAAGUGGGCGUCUUUGUGUACACUUUCGGCUACUGUCACGGAAAGACUGGACACCAUUUAUGCGUACCCGGAUGAGCUGCAACAAGACAUCCUGGCGGGUGUUUGCCAGGAUAUAAGGCGCAUUCACGCGUGUGUAGCGAAGCAUCGUCUUUUGGAAGCAUCAAGUCAUCCGGACCUUGAGGACGGAGUGGAAUACUUCAUGAACGCAAUCGACCGUAUCACUGAAUCGGACUAUAAGCCAAGCUUUGAAGACACGAUGUGGCGCUAUACUAAGUCUACAGGAGGCAUCAUAGCACGCUAUAACCAUGGAGCUUCGCAGGUGCUCUUCUGUGAUGUCGGCGGCGCCCGCACGGAAAGGAAGAAAUGGCGCCACUAUCUCCCAGGCGCAUCGAAAUUCUUCUACUUUGUCGACACGGGCUCGUAUAACCAGCAGCUUGCGGAAGAGAAUGCGUGCGACCGUUUGGCGGAGGACCAGGUUCUUUUUACCUUAAUAUGUGAGAGCGAGCUACCCCGGCACGUUGAGAUUGUUCUGUUUCUGCAUAAACUGGAUAAACUUGAACGGAAGUUGAAAGCUGUCCCAUUCGAGAAUUUAUUUGAGGGGUUUGAGUUUACUGGAAAUCCUCAAUCCAGCCAGGACGUUGUGGGCUUCCUGCAUGACAUGUUUACACGAAUUGCUGAGCGUGCUGGCCGGAUCAUCUCGGUUCGAUUCACUACCUUGGCCCAACCAGAAGCCUUUGUGAGGACUAUCUUGUCUUGUGCACUGGCUGAGUGA